UUUAAAACAUUCAUAGCAAAUCGAAUUUCGACUGUUCACAGUCUUACUAAGGUGGUCCAAUCGAGAUUCGUGCCUUCUAAAGAAAACAUAUCAGACUUUGCAUCCAGAGGGGUCAAGUUUGACAUUGAUGAUGUCAAGGUAUGGGAGGAGGGUCCACGUUUUCUCAAGAAGCCGAAGGAGUGUUGGCCUGCCGCUGAUGUACAAGGUCCUGACCCUCAUCUAUUGAAAAUAAAGAAGGCAAUGUCGGCGCAUGUAAUGGCUGAAAAAUCCACUGUUGAUCAACUUAUUAAUUAUUAUUCGGAUUGGACUAGAUUACUUAAGGCUGCUGCGUGGUUAACCCGAUUUAAGCGAUAUUUACUGGCAAUGCGUUCUGGUAGAACUGAUCUGUCUCAACAGGUGGGUAUGCUUAGAUUUGAUGAGUUAAAUUUCGCUUGUUUAGAUUUAAUUCUAUAUGUCCAACGCAUAGUAUUUCGGAAAGAGAUUGAAAUGUUAUCGUCUGAUACCAUUAACAAGGUGAAGAUAACGAAUUCACCGUUACGAACCUUAAAUCCAAUGAUGAUUGGAAGAUGGGCUUUAUGUUCUGCGGACUCAAAUAGUUGUUUGUGUGUGAAUAUGCAAUGGUGCCUGAAGCCAUGUGUUAUGGUUAUUCAUUUUCUAAAAGAACUAGAAGGGUCCAACAAUGUUACGAUUUGGAAUCAGAAUAAAGAGUUCGCGGUAAAUAAAGGAAUUAAUGCAUUGGUCCUCUAUAUGGGUUUAUAUAUUCAUGUUUACGUUAACGUAUAUGAGCUUUUAUGGAGGAUGAAGCAUUUUGUUAGAUGGUUGAUAUUGCGGUUGUUUAUGUUGGUGCAAAUAUUUUGGAAACGUUUGUCUAAGGAAUAUGUCUCAUUGUUGCAACUUAGACACAAAUGGACUCAACCAGAGAUGAACAUAGGAGAGAGUAACUUGGUGACGACAUGUACUGGGUUUUUAGAGAAAGACAAAUGGUUAUUAGGUCUGGUAAGGAAAGUGAUACCUAAAAGUGAUAGGUUAAGACCGAUGGAGUUGCGGACAAGCAUAGGGAUCUUGGUAAGAGAUAUUAGAAAACUGCGUCUAGAAGUUGUAGAUAUUAGGUAGCUACUCGGAUCCCUAGGCGUACUGGUGUAAGUCCUAGGGAUCGCGAGAUUGUUGGUAUAGUGAGUGUUUGUUGUUGAUUGUUUGUGAUGCAUAUACUUGGAUUCUUGUUGUUUAUUUAUUUGUCUGUGAAAAGAACCAAGGUUCUUUUGGUCGGGAGUGUUACGGGAGAACUGAAGACUUUUGACGGAUUAAAACCUUUUAUUGUACAUUAUUAAUUUACUGUGUUUUUUGGAUGUAAUUGUUUUACUUAACUUUUGAACUUGUUUGUUUAUAUCAUUAUUUCGGACAUUUUGGUUUGUCUUUGGUUUGGUAUUUUGGUGCUCUCUUUGUCUUUGGUUUGAUAUUUGGGAGUUUUGCUCCGGGAACCUACAAAAUUGAAUGUUUGUUUUGUAAUUGUUAUAAUUAUUGUUGUUAGAACGACAUUUGGUCGACUAUUUGUAAAUUACGAAUAAAUUUGGUAUCUAAA